GCACCCCCACAACAGACACUUCCGGGAGCCUGGAGGAGCCGGAAGCUGAGGCCUCUCUCGCUUCCGGCUCGGCCAUUGUUUUCGCUUCGGCCGGUGGUAGAGGUAUCUGGUGUCGUUCCUGAGUGAUAGCCGCGAGGGGGACCGGGACAGGGAAGGAAGCGCGGCCAGGGACAGGGUCGCGGCGGGGCCGACUCCCGGCGGGACCGCGCUUUGCCCUGCGGCGGGCGGCGCGGUCCCGGUGACGCUCAGAAGCCGCCGCAUGUGGGGCCGCUUCUUUGUCGCAUUCCUAUGACCAGCCGUGCUUAGCACGGAGUCGGGCACCUGCGAAUACAGCGAGGAACGGGGCAGACGUGGCCAGCUUCUAAGUCCUGAACUACAGACCAUCAUUUUAAGCAGACCAACUACAGCUGGAACAAGCUUCUAUUUGGGGUCACAAUGACCACUGGAGGCAGGGGAACUUUAGGCCUUGUCCCCAGGAGUGCUAUUUUCCAGAAGCAGGAGGGACGCCUGAAUGUGAAGCAGGAGCCAGAGAGCCAGACGUGGGGACAGGGCUGCAGUCUCCAAAAGAACCACCCUCCUGUCUGUGAAAUCUUCCGCCUGCACUUUAGGCAGUUAUGUUACCACGAGAUGUCUGGGCCACAGGAAGCUCUGAGCCGCCUCCGGGAGCUCUGCCGCUGGUGGCUGAUGCCAGAGGUACACACCAAGGAGCAGAUCCUGGAGCUGCUGGUGUUAGAGCAGUUUCUGAGCAUCCUACCCACGGAGCUCCGGACCUGGGUACAGCUCCAUCACCCUGAGAGUGGUGAGGAGGCUGUGGCUGUGGUGGAGGAUUUCCAGAGACACCUCAAUGGAUCAGGAGAGGUUACAACUCCAGCACAGCAACAGGAAAUGCGUUUGGAGGAGAUGGCAGCUUUGGGUGCAACAAAGGAAUCCCCUCCUACCUCACUGCUUAGUGGAGGCUCAGUCCCUGGAGCCCACUUGGAGCCUCCUCAUGGUCCAGGGCCACAUCCCUUUCCCAGUGGGCAUUUUGGUACUCAUCUCCCCAGCUCUGGCAUCAUACCAUGCCUCCCUUCUCGCCAACCAGAGAAGAAAAAAAUAAUAAUUGUUUUCUUCCUUCUUUUGAAAGCAGGUGAGAACAUGAUGGAAAGUUCAGAGUUAACUUUGAAGCAGGAAAUUACUAAUGUAUCAGAGUUAUCUGAUGGGACAUUGGAGGUACCCUUUGGACUGGUUCCUGGGGCACUAGAGACUGGAGAUGUCCAUGAAGAGACAUUCAAAAAACUGGAAGAGCAACCCUUAGAUGAAGAAGAGAACAGAAUACAAAGUGAUUUUUUGGAAAUAGUAGAUGAGGAUAAUGAAAAAUCAACAAUAUACAGGUGUGAAGAAUAUAAGGAAGUUGAGGAAAAUCCAACUCUGUCCUCCAAUCCUGCUGAACAUGUGGUAACUCCAAAGGGACGGAAGAAAUCCUAUCAGUGUCAGGAAUGUGGGAGAGCCUUCAAACGGAGUUCACACCUCAUUGGCCAUCAGAGAAUCCACACUGGAGAGAAACCCUUUGAGUGUAAUGAAUGUGGUAAGACCUUCAGGCAGACUUCUCAGCUCGUCGUUCAUUUGAGAACACACACCGGGGAAAAACCCUAUGUAUGCGGUGAGUGUGGAAAGACCUAUCGCCAUAGCUCCCAUCUCAUUCUACACAAGAGACUCCACAGUGGGGAGAAACCUUAUAAAUGUAGUGACUGUGGAAGAGGUUUCACUCAGAGUUCCCGACUCAUCGACCACCAGAGGCUUCAUACUGGGGAAAAACCUUACGAAUGCAGUGAGUGUGGAGAGGCAUUUAUUCGGAGUAAAAGUCUUAUGCGACAUCAGAUUCUUCAUAGUGGUAAGCAACCUUACGAGUGUAAUGAGUGUGGGAGAGCUUUCUGUUCCAACAGAAAUCUUAUUGACCAUCAGAGAAUCCACACUGGGGAGAAGCCUUAUGAGUGUAAUGAAUGCGGCAAGACCUUUAGUCGGAGUAAAUGCCUUACUCGACACCAGAUCCUUCAUAGUGGAGAAAAGCCAUACAAAUGUAACGAAUGUGGGAAAGCCUUCCAUCAGAACUCUCAACUUGCUGACCAUGAGCGAAUUCAUACUGGAGAAAAACCAUUUGAAUGUAGUGAGUGUGGUAAGGCGUUCAGUCUGAGUAAAUGUCUUAUUCGACACCAGAGACUUCACACAGGUGAAAAGCCAUAUAAGUGCAGUGAGUGUGGAAAAUCUUUUAAUCAAAACUCACACCUCAUUAUACACCAGAGAAUUCACACUGGUGAGAAACCCUAUGAAUGUCAUGAGUGUGGAAAGGUCUUCAGUUACAGCUCUAGCCUAAUGGUACAUCAGAGAACCCAUACUGGAGAAAAACCCUAUAAAUGUAAUGAUUGUGGGAAAGCCUUCAGUGACAGCUCCCAGCUCAUUGUGCACCAGAGAGUUCACACUGGAGAGAAACCUUAUGAAUGUAGUGAGUGUGGGAAAGCCUUUAGUCAGCGUUCCACCUUUAAUCACCACCAGCGAACUCACGCUGAAGAGAAGCUUUCCAGUCUGACUCAGUCAGUUUCUUAAAGGCUGGUUCUCUGAGUUAGGCUUUCUUUAUAAGGAUGCUCUCCCUGGUCUCCCCUUGGAAUUACUAAUCUAUUUGAACCUGCCUGUUUUCCCCUGGAUCAAUAAGUUCAAAGAGUGGGAAUAACUUGCCCACCAUGAACAAAGUAAGGACUACAUAUUUCAAUAACUUGUAGGUUUUUUUUUUAAUUUGAACUAUUUCUUAUUUCUUAGUUAUAUAUCCUAUAAUCAGACUGUGUGCUUCUCAAAAGAUGAAUAGAUUCUUUUCUACCCUAAUUUCUCCAUUUUGCUGUUUAUAUAAAGUUAUUCUAUAAGAUCAAUUUAUUCUGCUUCUUGGCUAUAGCUCGCUCCUCUGGUCUUUUUUUCUUUACAGACUCUCACUCUGUUG